AUGUGGGUCAAUUCCGGAACCGUCGGAAGGGCCCUCUCCAUGGAUAUAGACACAGACUAUGAGCGGCCCAAUGUGGAAACCAUUAAAUGUGUGGUGGUAGGGGAUAAUGCAGUAGGCAAGACCAGGCUAAUCUGUGCCCGGGCCUGCAAUGCCACCCUCACACAGUAUCAGCUGCUUGCCACCCACGUGCCAACCGUCUGGGCCAUCGACCAGUACCGUGUAUGCCAGGAGGUGUUAGAGAGAUCUCGCGAUGUAGUGGAUGAGGUCAGUGUGUCCCUGCGGCUGUGGGACACAUUCGGGGAUCAUCACAAAGACAGACGAUUUGCCUAUGGCAGGUCUGACGUCGUGGUGCUUUGCUUCUCUCUGGCUAAUCCCAAUUCCCUGCGCCACGUACGCACUAUGUGGUUCCCGGAGAUCAAGCACUUUUGUCCCCGGACGCCCAUCAUUCUGGUUGGCUGCCAGCUGGAUCUGCGCUAUGCCGACCUGGAUGCAGUUAACCGUGCACGACGACCCCUAGCCAAACCCAUCAAACCCACUGAUAUCCUUCCCCCAGAGAGAGGCCAUGAAGUGGCAAAGGAACUUGGGAUCCCCUACUACGAGACCAGCAUUGUAGCCCAGUUUGGAGUCAAAGAUGUUUUUGACAAUGCCAUCCGAGCUGCCCUCAUCUCCCGUCGUCACCUGCAGUUCUGGAAGUCCCACCUGAAAAAGGUCCAAAGGCCCCUUCUCCAGGCGCCCUUCCUACCUCCUCGCCCACCUCGCCCCAUAGUGGGCAUCCCAGACCCCCCUCCAGCAGAUGGCGAGGGCCCCGAUUCCCUUUUCUGCCAGCCACUGUGUGCAGAUGUCCUUUUCCUCCUGCAGGGCGGUGCCACCCGCGUCUUUGCACACAAAGUCUAUCUGGCUACUUCCUGCUCCAAGUUCUACGACCUCUUCACCCUUGAUAUUGGUGGAUCGUGCGUGGGGCCACGGGGGGAGGAACAGGAGAGCAAGGAAAAUUUGGAGAGCGUGGAGGAAGAUGAGCAGAGCAGGAGAGGAGCCAAGGAGCAAGCUGGGCGCACUAAGAGCCUGGACAUUGAUAAAGACGGGGUUGAUGGAGGAGUGCGGGGCCUGAAUCGACCCCAGCUGCUCCAGCAGGGCUCUUUGAGGACUUCCCAGAGUGAUAAUGCGCUCCCCUCUCGAGCCCACUACUCCCUGGGAGCACUGGGGACUGGGCGAGCACUUUCAGGAUGGGGACGGGGUUUCCUGAGUGUGUGUCUGGAGCAUGUUGAUGAUCCCGUGACUGGACGACUGCGACUCAUGACUGUGGUUGCCAUGGAUGCACUUAUACAGGAAGAACCAUUCAAGGCGGUGCUUCAGUACCUGUACACGGGGAGUCUGGAUGAGGGCAGAGGGGAUCUGAUGCAGGUGGCUACCAUCGCAGAGCUGCUGGAGGUGUUUGACCUGCGGAUGAUGGUGGCCAAUGUUCUCAACAGAGAGAGCUUCAUGAACCAGGAGAUCACCAAGGCCUUUCACGUCCGCAGAGCCAACCGCAUCAAGGAGUGUCUCAAUAAGGGGACCUUUGCUGAUGUGGUGUUCCGACUGGACGAUGGCUGCCUCCCGGCCCAUAAGCCUCUGCUCAUCUCCAGCUGCAACUGGAUGGCCGCCAUGUUCCGUGGCUCCUUCAUGGAAAGCUACAUUGAGGAGGUAUCCAUUCCUAACACCAGUACAGCCUGUAUGCGUGGGGUGUUGGAGUUCCUGUACUGCGGUCUGCUGACCCCCUGUCCUGGUCUGGAGCCCAUGGAGCUAAUUGUUCUCGCCAACCGCCUAUGCUUGCCACGCCUUGUAGCCCUCACAGAACAGCAUGCUGUGGAUGAGCUUCUCCAGGUGGCGGUGAAAGGAGGCGACAUUGAUGGACAAGUGUUGGCUUACCUCGAGCUUGCACAGUUCCACAAUGCCAAGCAGCUAUCAGCUUGGUGUCUCCAUCACAUCUGCACUAAUUAUAACAGCAUCUGCCGCAAGUUUCCCAAAGACAUGAAGGCCAUGUCUCCAGAAAACCAGAGGCAUUUUGAGAAGCAGCGCUGGCCUCCUGUGUGGUUCCUGAAGGAGGAAGACCGCUAUCUACGAUCUCAGAAGGAGCGUGAGCGCGAGGAGGAGAUCUUGCGCAAGCAACACACCAAACGGGGCUGGUGUUUCUGGAGACACCCAUCCUCCUCUCCACACAUCUCCUAAAGGGUUUCCUCCACUGACUUCUUCGUCCUGACCUGGGUCGUCCCACACAGGAUAACUAACCCUCUCUGUAACACAUAUAGAGGAGGUCUUCCUUGAACCCUCUAUCAGUGGAGAAAUGACUCUCAGUGCUACUAUGCCUGAAUGUCAGCAUGUUUGGGGGAAUGUAUGUGCCUCUUUAUAAUUGUGGGUGACUUCAUGAGUGCAUUUUGGUAUGCUUGUGUGACAAGUGUGGACUUAACCGAAGGGUAUGUGCGUGGAUGUGUGAGCGUAUGUUUGCAAUUGGUUGGCAUGAUUAAGUGAUGCUUCCGAGUUGAGUGCUUCCCAGACGCCCUGAUCUAUGAGGGCCUGCAGCGUUGCAGCGUGGCCCCGUUUCCCCUCCACAUGAGCUCUGUCCCUCCACCAGCACUCACAGCGUCCCAGCCUUUGAGUGAUUGGACUGGGAGCAAGGGCUCUCUAUCUCUCUCAGUCUCCUUCCUUCACAUUGACCUUAAUGACUAUUACGCAUUGACCACUGCAGCUCCCAUCGGGGAGCUUACCUCUGCCUUCACUUCUACGCAGACUGUUAGCUUGCAAAAGAUCCACACCUCUAAAACCAGCACUGGAUUCCCAGGAACUGACACUCAACAAUGUAAUUAUUGUUAUUUUGAUAUUAUUUGACCUUUUUGUAUAUUUUUUUGCGCCUACCAGGACACUCUUAUGUAUCAGGCGCACACGACUCCCAAGAAGUGUUGAGAAUUUUGAUUGCUAUUGCAACGAUGGGACUGUUAAUCUAGAGUGCAAGUUUCGGUGUAAGGGCAACCUUCAAACUGUUAGCAAGUUGGGAUGUUUCCUCAGGAGGCAUGAUCAAAACUAUUAGCCUCCAGUCUAUGUGGUCAUUGGCGUCUGUCAUCCACCCCUGCACCUCCCACUCCGUCCUCCUGUUCACCACCCGUGCAACAAAGAGAAAAGAGAAAAAAAAGCGCAAAACACGAGCUCUCCUUGAUGAGGUGGAUUCACCAAUCUACAUUUCAGAGACAUUCAAAGUGACCACUAUAGCAAUGAUGGGGGUAAAGAGGGCUAGCCUUACUUGAUACCUCUGCCAUUGAGAAACGAUGGAUGCAGUAUUAAAAAACAAAUGCGCUUGUAACGUCCAUGACCACUUGGUUGCAUUGAAGCACCUCAGCCAGCCUGCCUUUACACCCCGACACCACUAUGGGGCAGCACUGCUCAGGGCCCCGGCACUAACCUUCACACAAACUAACAGGAGUUUUUGUGCCUGUGAUUGCUUCACCCUAGUUUCAGUUAUUAAGAUCAGUAUAAUUUUAUUCCUUGAAGAGUGUUAGGAGAAAGCUAAAGCACAGUGUUAUUAGUGCAUUUAAAGACAGGACUGUACCUGACUAUAGAUGAGCACCUAAUUCUGAAUACCAAAGCUGUGAUUCUUUUGAUCUCUUUCUUCCUCGCUUUCUUCAUGUCCGCGUCCCUGCUUCCUUUACCGGAAAGAGGGGAUGGAGGAGAAAAGAGAAAGUGACUUGUGGGAGAAGGUGGUGGUAUGAUAUGAUAUUUGAAUCCCUCCGCGUGGUGGUGUUUUCAGUCUGUGGUGUCAGGAGAACAGUGUCACUGCUGGACAUUGCCUUCCAUUCCUCUUGCUGGAAUUGAAAAUGGUGCUUGAGACACAGUAAGACAGUGUCCACAUGAACACACAGACACACAUUGUGAUUUUUAUGUUCACAGUUUAAGCGUCUGUCUAGUUGUUUAGUGUUUACCUGCAGUGAAAGUGCAGAAUAUUAAUGAUGGUAUUCAAAUUUGACACAUUUUUUUUUUCAAUGUUAAUUUCCCAUAUCCUAACAGUCUGUAAGAGGUCGUAAUAGGUCACUGAUUUUAGAAUGUGUAGAUUUAUGAUUUUACAUACAGUGGUCACAACUUUGUAAUGUCUUUAACUGCUUUUGAAUUCAAGAAACAGUGUGAUCCGUUAUGCUUCCUCGUUAACCAGGAAAAUAGUAUUACUUUAGAUUGAAUUUGCAAUCGUGAGUGUCAUCUCAAAGGAUUUGAUGUAUAACUCCGUACGAGAGCAAGUCGGAUUUUCUUGUCAAGGGUGCUAAUUUCUUUGGACUUUAGCGCCGAAUGUGAAAACGAGACUUUGUGGUGAGGAGUUUCUAUUAGCACGUCGUUCUAUUUGUGGGUUUGCGCCCCUUAGCUUUACCCAGGCAACUGUGGGAGAUAGAUGGAUUGUGUGAGACAUGUGGUGCGCUAUAGGAGGCGUGUUAAAGUCAUUGUCAGCUAACGAAAAUAGAAGUCAGAUAGGAUCUCAUGAGACCCGAGUGAGAAUUGAGCUGAUUUCUCGCUGAAAAGAGUAGAAGUGGAAUAAAAGUGAACAAGUCUCAGUCAACAUUACAUGCAACCUACAUCUUUUGGAAUUACUACACAGAUGUUUCAUCCCAGUGCAGGGCUUUGGGAAUUUAAAAAAGAGACCUAAAGAGGGGAAAGUUGGGGACAGUUUUUGAUUAACUUCCAUGGCCUCCUUUUAAUUCCCCAUAGAAGGGAUGGCUGUUGGAUUUGUCUUAUUGAUGGUUGGUUUGACCCAUUAAGCCUCUUCUCUUGGUCCGUGUGCCUUAUAGUUGGACAAAGCUAAAAACUAGUUUGGGAUUUUAGCAAAGCUGCAGACAGGUUCUGCAGUGCUUGACAUGACGAGUACAGCAGACAAUGGCCGUGACAGUGUUAGAUGUGUAAAAUGGAUUCAAGUGUUGCUUUAUGCACUCUCACCCGUUAUCCUUUAGGGGAUAUUUGAGCCAACUAGAGCCAUGCCUGUGGAGAAUCUUUAGGCCUGCUGCUUGUUUUUAUGCAAACAGCCUUAAUUAAAACCCUUGGUAGAGUGUAGUACAGUAGAUUGGUCUAAUCAUAUGGCCUUUGAUUAGUAUAUUUUCUAGAUUGUUAAUUAUUUGGACUGACACCGUGGUUGGAAAUCUCCGCUAACCAGGUGAUUGAGAGGUAGAGCUUAAAAUGACGAACAGGUUGAGUCCUGUACUGUAACUUCAAAACCACUGACUUUGAGAAAGCAAAGCUUUUUAAUGAGCACUGGCUGGCCUGUGUGCUGGGAGAGUGCAGCCACUUUUGAAAUGUGGUUAAUUUGCAUGGUGGCCUAACUUUGUCAGUAUAAUGACACUUGGUGUUGGAAUGCACUUUCUUCUUUUUUUUUUUUUUGUUUUUUUUUUUUGUUUGUUUUCUAUGACUAUACCUUUCUGUGCUUAGCAUGAAUUGCUCCUUAUGUAAGAUUGUUUCUAAAACCUGAUGAUUGUAGCACGAUAUUUCCACUUAAGUCUUUUAAAAAAAAAUUCCCACAACUUGCUCAGUGAGGAGCUGAAUAACACGACUUGUCCAGCUUCUUGUUUUUUAAGGUCUAGUCGGCACUGAACUCCACAGUAGCUCUCUUCUCGCUGUAUGGCUUUAUGCACAAGUCAAGUUUUACUAAAUAAACUCAGCACAGCUCAAGGUAGCAUCACUAAUUUUACAAUUUUAAUUAAUAUGCCAGGACAUCCUGUAGACAUUUGCUCGGAGGACUAAUGCAGAUGAUCACUUGCUGCCGUGCAGCUGUCCCUUUUGUGCUGUUACUGUAGUUACCACAAUCAAUCAAGCUUCUUCUUGUGAUUUUUAAGACAUUAGGCACAGGCCAUUAAAACUGAAAAUCAUAUAAAGAUGCAUUUUAACUGAAAUCAAGUAUUGCAAUGCACAUAUUUUAAGAAUGUCCUAAAUUGGCUUAAAGCCAAGUGUAAUGUUUGGGUUUAGCCUGUAUGUAAUGAUAGAGCAUGAUGCAUGUUUCUGGGGUUAGACAGUAUUCUGUAUAUACAGCAGUGUUUCUUAACCUUGGGGUCGCGAUCCUAUCUGGGAUCACUUGGUAUGCAUAUGGGGUGGCAGGAAGUUUCUAAAACUGAAAUAAUAAUAUUUAAUGAAUUAAAUUAUGUAGGUUUGAAAUAUAUGUCAUAAUCACUAUAAUAUUUAUUUGGGUAUAUGAACUGCCAGACUUGAGUCUACUCUAAGUUCAGUGAACUGAGAAUUGUGGGGGAAAAGAAAUGAAAUCAUGGGCCAGUAAAGGUUGAGAAACCCUGAUAUACAGAGAGGUAGAGAUGGAGAUGCAAAUUAUUAAACAUUGUAAGCUUUAUUCAACCCCCGAUAUUUGCUCCACGCUGACCCCUACAAGCCAAAGUCACAUUCUGAUGUCGGAAGUACAGUAGGGUUGUGUUAUCCACCUGGCUUGUCUUGCUCUAUCGUAUCACAUCCUUUUUUACUGUCACCCUCAUUUACUUUACAUGGAGCACUCUUCCCUCUUAGCAGGCCUGACCUUCCUUUUUUAAACGUGAGGCCCAGCGACCGAGAGUCUUUGGCAUCUCCUUUUCUGUGCCUUCAGUGAAAUCUCACUCUUUUGGCUCUGUACAGGCUGGCGGCACUGCACCUGUGGCCUCGUGGGCUCAAAACAAAGUUGACUAAGCCAAGAAAUACACACAUGUGAGCGCAGAAAUAAAAGUAGGCAGCUUUCUUUCAAUGUACAGUAUCUUAGCGUCAUAGUGAUAACUUCCAAUGACAACAACGAUAUGUUCAAGUUCACCAUGUAAAAUAUCAUCUAUGCUAAAGCUUGUCGAAUUAUGGAAUGACCAAGAAACCCAGCAAACCAGCAGUGAUAAAAUAAUGUUUUCGCACUCUUUCAGGUGCCUGCACUUUCUAUUAUGUAGCCUGAUACAGCUGUUUUGAUAAGUCUGCUACGUCUUUAUAUUUACCACUUUUUCUUGAUCGAAAUUGAAAUAUCUUGUUACUUUUCCACUUUCUUGUGAUCUCUUUCUCUUUAAGCCAAAUUCAGUAGUAAACCCUAUUGCUUCCACUCUUUAGCUGCAAUGUACUGUGUCACAGUCAUGCAUAAAGUCAGUGUACUCUAAGUUGGGGAACAGCAUCUGUGGACUACUGGUUGGAUUAAAGGCAGAAAAUAGCUGUGACAACUAUAUAUAUUAUGCUUUAAUGAUGAUAGUUGUUUUUCCAAAGUACAGUAAAGUGUUGUAAAUUUGAGUCCCAGCUGGAUUUGACCUCUCACCUUAUAACUGCUCACCACACUGUAUUUACUAAGCUGGUGUAUACAUGUUGUAUGCACAGAGAGGCCCAAGACAGGGACAGUGUUUAUAUAGACAGACAUGGUGUUAUUAACCCCUGGUCUAUACUGUAACUUUUAAGUGGAUCGUAUAUACUGUACUGUAUAGUAUUGUUAUGCACUUUUGUUUUUUUCAUCGACUCAUGUGAGUUUUAUUAACAUUUACUGCUCAUGUUAGCGUGUGUAUUACAAAAGAAAGGCAAACGAGAGAGAGCACACCACACUCACAAACUAUUAAGGGCUUUCAAGAAAAUAAACAACAAUCAGAAUGUUUUGCUGCUGUUGCAAAAAAUGUUUUGAAACUAAAAAAUUUGUAAUAUUUUUGAACCACUGUGAUUUGUACAAAAUUAAAAAAAAAAAAAAAAAAACAAAUGUAGAAAAAAAGUUGUUUUUUUUCCUUUUUUUUGCCAUUUCAGUAUUUUGAUGUUUGACAUGGAUUUUAUUAAAACUGUUAAUCUUUUGAA